AUGACGAACCCAUCCCAACUCUUCCUCCUCGCCGAUCACAUCAAGCUCUCCCUCCUAGAGCGACAGCGUGCCAUUUCCCUCGACCUCGAACCCAAUGCGCAAGAUGGCGAGAUCUCUCGGUCGCUGGAGUCCCUUCAAGCGGGCAUCCAAGCCGUAGAAGCCGAACAGGCACGGCUGGCAGAGUCCAACGACAGCGCAGGCGCUGCCGCCUUGAAGGACCAGCUUGGCCCCCUCCACGACCAAUUUCAAGACCUCUCCUCCCAGUUCUACGGCACAGACGGCGCCCCAUCUAGCCAAGACCCGACGCAGGACUCUGUGCAUCGGUCCGCGACAUCGCCCGAUCUCAAACAACCCGUUCCACAACAUCCCCCUUCCAAAUCGGUGCGGUUUAUGGAUAACUCGGCGGCUGCCGCGGCCGUCCAGGAAGAAAUCGACGAAGAGGAGGAUCGGAAUCGCCAAAAUCUCUUCAGACCCUACCGAGAUGAACCAUCACCCCCACGCAUUGAUCAAUCCAACAUGUCCAACGAGCAAAUCUAUCUGCACCACGAUCGAGUGAUGCGCGAACAGGAUGAUCAACUCGAUCAGUUAGGAGAGUCUAUUGGACGCCAGCACCAACUGAGUAUCCAGAUUGGAGAUGAGCUCGAUGGCCACGUUGAGCUACUGGAGGGCAUGGACGGUGAUGUUGAGCGUCAUCAGAACCGACUCAACGGAGCGCGACGGCGGCUGGACCGGAUCCGACGCAAGGCGGGCGAUAAUUGGAGUAUGAUGACCAUCAUCGGGUUGAUCAUUAUUCUGGUUAUCCUGAUUGUUAUCUUGAAAUGA